AUGUCUAAUCGUGUAGCAACGUCUACAAACCCAGCAGCAAUAGCAGCUGCUCAAGCAUCACACAGCAAUCCCAUAUUAUCGUCAAAACAAACACUUGCCAUGAAUCAUUCUCAUCACCACCCAAACGGGGUUGGGAAUGCAGGUGGACACAUUGCAUCACCACCUUCAAACCCAGUCAUCACAUCUAACAACAAUAACAACAAUUCGUUAUCGGCUGCAGCGGUUGCAGCUAGCAACAAUUCAAACUCAUCAGUUGUUGGUUUACACUACAAAAUUGGUAAAAAAAUCGGAGAAGGUUCAUUUGGUGUCAUAUUUGAAGGUACAAAUAUCAUAAAUGGUGUACCAGUAGCAAUCAAAUUCGAACCUAGAAAAACUGAAGCACCACAAUUACGAGAUGAAUAUAGAACUUAUAAACACUUGCAAGGCUGUCAAGGUAUACCAAAUGCAUAUUACUUUGGCCAGGAAGGAUUGCAUAAUAUUCUAGUUAUCGAUUUGUUGGGUCCUUCAUUGGAAGAUUUGUUUGAUUGGUGUGGUAGAAGAUUCUCAGUAAAGACAGUUGUACAAGUAGCUAUACAAAUGUUGAGUCUUGUUGAAGAAGUUCAUCGUCAUGAUUUAAUUUAUAGAGAUAUCAAACCAGAUAAUUUCCUUAUUGGACGUCAAGGAUUGCCCGAUGAAAACAAUGUUCAUUUAAUUGAUUUUGGUAUGGCAAAACAAUACCGUGAUCCAAGAACAAAACAACAUAUCCCAUAUAGAGAAAAAAAAUCUUUAAGUGGUACAGCACGUUACAUGUCUAUUAAUACUCAUUUAGGUAGAGAACAAUCAAGAAGAGAUGAUUUAGAAGCAUUGGGGCAUGUGUUUUUUUAUUUCUUAAGAGGACAAUUACCUUGGCAAGGUUUAAAAGCACCAACAAAUAAACAAAAGUAUGAAAAAAUUGGAGAUAAAAAGAGAACAACUCCGGCAGUGACACUUUGUGAUGGAUUACCAACCCAAUUUGCCGAGUAUUUGGAUUCUGUUAGAUCAUUACCAUUCGACGCUGAACCACCAUAUGAAGAGUAUAGAAUGUUAUUGGUUUCAAUAUUGGACGAUUUGGGACAAUCUUGCGACGGAGACUAUGACUGGAUGCAUUUGAAUGGUGGUAAAGGAUGGGACGCCCAGAUUAAUAAAAAGCCAAACCUACAUGGAUACGGACAUCCUAAUCCACCAAACGAACGUGAAAGAAGACAUCGUGAUCAAAGAAGAAGUAGACAACAGCAAUCACAACAGCAGCAACAACAACAACAGCAACAACAGCAACUCUCACAACAACAGCAACUCUCACAACAACAACUCUCACAACAGCAACAACUCUCACAACAGCAACAGUUCAAGCAUCAACAACAGCAACAGCAACAGCAACAACAGCAACAACAAUCGCAACUGAAACUGCAACAACAAUUAUCUGCUGCACAAUUGCACCAACAAAAAUUACAACAUUUAGUUAACAGGCCAUUACCACCAAUCAAACAAGAAUCUGGCGGCGGUGGUGGUGGUAUUGUUGGAGGAGAUGUCAAUAAUUUAGGUGUUGGCGGAAUGGGAGUUGGAGGAAUGGGAGUCGAUCCAAAUCCAGGUAACAAAUACGAAGGAUACAAUAUGAAUCAUUAUCAGCAACAGCAACAACAAAUGGAUGAAGAUACUGAGAAGCAUAAAGGAUUUUUUGCCAGAUUAUGUUGUCGUUAG